AUGGGCGGUAAACGGCGCGUCUCUGCGGUCGCGAAGGAUGGUUUGGGCGACGACGCCGAGCGCUUGGUGCGCGCGCUGUUGAGCGAGGACGCCGCCACGGCGGGACGGCGACGGCGCCGUCGCGCGAGCGUCGGUGACGAGGGCACAGAGGCGACGGAAACGUUGGAGUUGCCGAAAUCGCUUCGGGUGAGAGACUUAGAGCGAGUGGAGGCGACGACGAGCGCGCGAGGCGAGAGGGCGGCGCGCCGCGCGGAGAGUUCGGAAGGCGCGACGAACGAGAGCCGUUCCAUGAACACUUCAGAUUGCGCGCGAAACGCGGCAAUGUUUGCCGACGCCAUCGGUUGCGGCGACGUCGCCGUGGACGACCCGUAUCGAGCGCUCGCGAGAUGCGCGGCGGCGGCGAACGUCGGCGGCGAUCGCUCGGACGACGCCGACGACUCAGAAGCUCUCGUCGUCGACGUAUCAUCGCUCAUGAAGGGCGUUCACGCGUGCUUCAUAAACAUACCGAGCAAACGCGCCGAUGCGCUGGGGCGAACACUCGAGCGUAUGGGUGGAUCCGUCGCGACGAGCGCCGCCGACGGCGGCGUCACGCAUGUCGUGGCGAGCGAACGAAACGCGCCGUUGACGAAAGCGUUGGAAUUGAUCGCUCUAGAGGACGUGAUCACGAUCACGCCGGAAUGGAUCACGGAGAGCUACAAGCAAAAUCGUGCGCUUCCCGUGGAUGCGCCCGAAUUCGCGCCGCGAGUGCUCAUUCGGGCGCUUCCAGAUCGGCCGCAUUCUCAAGACACGGAGACGUCGAGCGAAGCCGAGCGAAAAGCACUCGCGGCUCGUGAACGCAAAGAGCACGCCAGUGCUGUUGCG